ACUCUGAUAUAUCUCUAAAAUGUUCCUAGUUAAAAAAUGUGUUGUUUCCGUGCGGUAUUGUGGUUUUAAGUGUGUAUAAAGUUUGGAAAUAUUAAAAUGAACGAAAAGGUAAAUGAUACGUUUAGCAACGUGGACUAUUUAAAGGAUUUGAAUUUUAGUGUGAGUUUAAUGAAUGAAAGCUUGCGUUUCGACACCGAGUUGGAUAUUUUAUUUCGUCCUGAGGGAGUGCUGAUUGCACUCUACGUGCCAAUUAUCCUGCUCUCUCUGAUUGCAAACAUUCUACUCAUCGUUGUCGCGAUUAAAUGCAACUAUACCAAAAAUGUGACUAACAUAUUCCUCGUCAAUUUGUCUGCGGCCGACCUUCUGGUGACUAGUAUCUGCAUGCCCAUACAGCUCAGCAAAGCCAUCACUUUGGUUUGGUUCUAUGGAGACACAGUUUGCAAAAUUGUCAAUUAUAUUCAAGGGGUAGCAGUAGCGGCGAGCGUGUUCACGCUGACCGCGAUGUCCGUGGACCGGUGGCUGUCGAUAGCGCCGGAGCCGCGGCUGCGGCCGCCGGGGCGGCGCCAGGCGCUGCUGCUGCUGGGCCUGCUGUGGGCCGCAGCCAUGCUCAUGUUCAUCCCGCUGCUCGUCGUCGCCACCGUCAGGAAGGAGGCUGUGCCCAUCAUAUCUAAAGCGGCCAAUAACAUAUCUAUAGAAACGAGAGACGUCCACUUUUGCACAGAAGAAUGGACGGGACCGGAGACAAGGAAAAAAUUUGGAACAUUCAGUUUCACACUGGUGUAUGCCAUACCAGGAUCAAUUACGAUAUUGUCGUACGCGUGCAUGGGCCGCACGCUCUGCUCCGUGCGACCUCCCUUUGACAUCGACGAGGGCAAUGUCAGCAUGCAACAGGGUUUAAGGUUGAUGAAGGAGAGGAAGCGCGUGGCGUGGAUCCUGCUGCUGCUGGCGGUGCUGUUCGCGCUGUGCUGGCUGCCAUACAACAUCAUGCAGCUGUUGUUGGACAUCAACGCUGUCGACCCCAAACAUCUCAGCAUCUAUCUACCUUACGCAUUAUUUAUAGGUCACGCGAACUCUGCUAUCAACCCGAUAGUGUACUGCCUGAUGACGCGCAACUUCCAAAGGUCAGUGCGGAAACUUGUCUGCGGCCGCUCUGCCUGCAAACAGAACGAUUUCACGUGGCGAUGUAACCAGAAGACGGAGCGGUCCUCCAGUGACUACGAGCUGUAUCACGAACCUCACAAAAGAUGUUACAUACAUAUGAGGACGCUGCGCGUGCAGGGCGCGGGCGGUGUCGCUGGCGGCGGCGGCGGCGGGUGCGGUGCGGCGGGGGGCGGGGCGCGCUGCACGCAGCUGAGCCACGUGACGCGCUCCUCGCGCCGCACCGCGCCCGCGCCCGCGCACCUCCUCUCCGCAGACAUGCUGCAGCGACACGGACACGCCGAUCUCAAACGUUAAACUAUCUCCAUUGUAAAUUAUUUUUUAAAUAAAUAUACUUUCACACUAUA